AUCCACAACGCAAACACAGAACACCGCUGCAAUACACCGCACUGCACUCCAAUUCCACGCACAAACACUACACUACACUACACUACACCUUUCACAGCCAUGCCCAAGCCGACCGUCCUCCGCUGCGACCCCGAGCUCUUCGAGAAGGACCUCACGGGCCGCAUCGCGAUCGUCACCGGGGCCAACUCGGGGAUCGGCCUCGAGAUCGCCCGCCAGCUCUCUUCCCAGGGGGCACACGUCGUCGUAGCCUGCCGGAACCGCGACCGGGGGACCGACGCUUCCAAGGAGAUCGGCGACGGGUCCUUUCUGGCCCCCCUGGACCUGGCCUCCCUGCAGAGCGUCCGGGCCUUUUGCGAUUCCUUCUUGGGGGCCUACGACCGGCUCGACAUUCUGGUCAACAACGCCGGGGUCAUGAUGUGCCCCGGGUCGAAAACGGAGGACGGCUUCGAGACGCAGCUCGGGGUCAACCACCUGGGCCACUUUCUGCUGAUGCGGCUGCUGACGCCGGUCCUGGUGGCAACGGCAAGGUCCACCGGCAGGCCCUCGCGGUUCGUCGCCCUCUCGUCGGUCGCCGCCGCCGAGUGCGGGAUGAACGGCAAGCACGGGGCCCCCUCGAUCGGCUUCGAGGACCCCAUGUUCGAGACCCGGCCCUACGACGAGGGCGUCGCGUACGGCCAGAGCAAGCUGGCCAACUACCUCCACGCGCUCGAGGCGAGCCGCCGGAUCCCGGCCGACCAGCUGGUCUCCACCAGCAACCACCCCGGGUGGGUCUACACCCCCCUGGACAAGCACGUGGCGGCCAAGGUCCUCGGGACGAACCCGGUCUCCGAGUUCCUCGCCGAGGGCCUCCGCCGGUUCUUUCUGUGGACCGGCCACAUGAUCCAGCCGGUCGACGGGGCCCAGACGACCCUCCACUGCGUCCUGGACGAAAGCGUGGAGAGCGGCCGCUUCUACUCGCAGUUUGGCAUCUACAAGGACGAGGCCUUCAAGCCGGGGGGCUGGCCGAUGGAGCGGAUGCCCAACCCCAACGCGACGGAGGAGGCCGCCGAGAAGCUCUGGGAGCUCUCGGAGAAGCUGGUGGGCCUCUCCGGGUCCGACACGCAAUAGCCGCCGCCGUAGUUUGGUUGGUUGAUUGGUUGCUUCGUUGGUUGCUUCGUUGGUACAUCGGUUCGCUCGUUCGCUAGUGGGCACCGUGGCACAGCAGCAGAGAAGGAACGAACGAACGAACGAACGAACGAACGAACGACCUUGCAACGUGGCACCUACUAGUAGUAGCCGAGAACGGACUCCUCGUAUCGUAGCCGGUUCUGUUCGUAGCUACCAGCAGGACAACGAUAUUCGUGCAACCCAUCCGGCGCGAAUGGGAACAAGCAGGGGCAACUGAACUUGGCAGGAAUUCGCUUUCCUAAUACUGUACCAGUAGAAGUACUAGUGUUGCAUCACCAAUGAACUGUGAAUAGAAAAUAGCAAAAAUAGCAUGAAAAUUGGUAGCAGGAAUUGACGUAAAUUUUCUUUUUUCGAAAUUUCAAAAUAAUGCAAAAAUGUUGUU